AUGAGAGUGGCCGUUAUCACUAACCCUAGGAUGGGCGUAUUUAGGAUAUAUUACAACCAAGCUACUCCUAAACGACUUCACCACCUGAGCUUAGUAAACUGGUGGUCUGGUAAACUCUACCGAUCACCGGCAUUGCCAUCAGCUAACCUCGUAUAUAAGAACUUUCAAGGACGUGUAUUCGACGUGCCGGUAUUGAAUGCACCACCGUGGCAUUUUGUGAAGUACAACAACAAUUCAGUAGAGGUCACUGGGGGGCGUGAUGACAAAUUGUUGUUUUUGAUUGCCAAGAGGCUUAAUUUCAGAUACCAAUACUAUGAUCCGCCAGACAGAAGUCAAGGUUCAAGCAUUUCUGGCAAUGCCUCGAGCAAGGAACCUUCCAGUACCCAUAAAGCCCGCAUGGUGUCAGUCCUAAUAUCUUUGGGAGCAACUUACGUCAUAGGGGAUAUGUACUCAGCCAAUCUCACUAGUCUUCUAGCCCGACCUGCUAGAGAGCAACCAAUUGGCACACUCGCUGCUCUUGAGGAGGCAAUGCGGGAGAGAAACUAUGAGCUCGUGGUAGAAAGGCAUAGUUCUUCUCUGACGAUUUUGGAGGUU